AUGACCUCCGGGCCAAUGCGCAAGCUUCCCACGACCACCAAGUGCGCCGCUCGAGCUUCGAGAUGGACUUCCAUUCAUCCCAACCAAGUCCAACUGCUUCGCAGGCACAGGUCGACCGCUUCCGGUGGCGGCUCCCUUCGCCAGGUGCUGCCUAGGAGACAUCUGGCGCAAGUGAGGCCUGAGCCCAUAUCCGAAGUCUGGUUCACGUCUGCUUCUCCCAGAUAUAGCCCAGAAGACGACCUGCUUGGAUCUCCUGCGCCUGGCAACAACAGUGACCACAAACCGCCAGAUGAACGCUUGAUCAGGUUAGGCAAGACAUUGCGAAUACUGUCGCCUCUUCUCCCGGAUAUCUUGACCAAACCACUCCCACCCGAGAUCCUGUCCCCCAACAUCUCCCUCCACCUCUUUCCCUCCACCCAUCCUCAUCUGCCGGCAGUCAAAGGCCGCGUUGCCUACCGCGCAUCUCUCUGGACUGCCCCAGUCGCCUGGGGCUGCGUCCCCAUCGUGGGAAAUGUGAAGCUGAGGAUCAUAUCGGAGAAGAUCGUGCGGACGGGAUUCUCAUAUGCCACCCCUCCAACCGAAGACGAGCAAGAUCUCAGCGCAGAGAAACUGGUAGUGCGGUGGAAGACGGAGCCUAAGACUAAUGGCAAUGGAAGUCCCGAAGCCGCCGCAUCUUCUACCGCCGACUCAAAUAUCAACCGCGGGCUAUCGAAACUGCUCGGCGGAGACAAGCCCAUCUUCAACCUCAACAAAGGCGAUGACUUUACAGGCCUGUUUAUCUUCACCUUCGACUCCAAGGGCAGGAUAGCCAGUCACACAAUUGAGCACGCGGAGGAGAGCAAUGGCUUUGACAAGACGAGCAAGGUCGUCACGCUGACGGACUGGUUGUUGGGCAAAGCAAAAUGGGGGAGGAACAGGGAGGAGGAACUAGUUCCCGGACUGGCAAUGAGAGUGUGUCGGGACGAAUGGAAUAUCAAGAGGGGAUUGCCCCCGAAUUCCUGA